UGAAACGAUGUAACAUACUUUCGAUUAUGGUAGUUAAUGAAAUGAUUGCAAUCCUAACCAGAUACGGAUGUGCUGCGUAUGACGAUUCCAUGCCGACCCAAGAGUUUCCGCUCGGAAUCUGGUGGCUAUUUUUUCCAUCCGCUGGCAGUAGAAACGUUCGGGACAUUUGGAACGGAUUUUGCUGAGUUGAUCCGUUUCGUCGGCCUGAAGAUCCGUGAAGUUACUUGGGAGAGCCUCGAUCAACGGCCUUUUUGAGACAACGUUUAAGGUUGGCGGUAAUCAGAGGGAAUGCAGCGGCUGUUUUAGUUCGGCAGGAACGAGUCUCAUCAACCACGAUCGAAAUGGCAUUCUCAGUGGUAAUCGACCCAUAUGGCAGUUACGUGAAUUUUUAAAUUUCUGAAUGCCACUGGGUGACUGACUCAGAGGCGUAGAGCGGUAUGGCGCCGUGAGAACGUCGCCCCUAACGAAUGGCAUUUAAGGGCUCUUCUCCCCAUCUUCCCCCUAGAGUGGCUACGCCGCUGGUACCAGUCUCCGUCUUUUUGUCUUCCGUUGUUUCAAUUGAUUUCGGUGUUCAAAAGUGUUCUGGAUGCAGCUCUGUAUUCCCUUUCUAAAGUGUUGAAUAAAUCUCAUAAGCUGUGAAAUACAGAAUCACUAUGAAGAUUUACUUAAAACUUGGAAAUUAAUCUUCGUACGCAACAAGUUCAGGAUUUUGUUGGAAAUUCCUGCCCCUUUGUGUGGACCCUGCAGGGAGAACCCUACGGAACGCUCUGACUCUGAGGCUCACUGAGAAAGUAAUCUGUUAAAGAAGUUGGCUGGACCUUUUCCGAUGCCUGGGACGGAUGGUCGCGGAAUUCGUUGAAAACAACGAAACAGCAGAUUCGUUGGUUGCUGAAAGCAUAGAGUUUGUUCCGUUAUUGGCCGAUAUCAGCAAUUUCUUUGUGGAGCACUAUUUCCUACACUUUGAAAUCAAGGUUUGCCUGGAUGAAAAAGUCCCUUGGACUUCUAUUUCCCGUUCGAGCGGCGCGAUAAUCGAGGAAAUGUAUAAGCGGCUGGAGAAUCUUAACAAAAAACGAACUGAUGCUGUUAAACUGAAGAGCGAACAUGAGAAUGCAUCGGAUGCCAGAUGCUUGCAGCUGGUAUUGGAGUCCAAGUGUACAGAGUGGGACCAGAUGGAAAGCGAAGAAGGGAAACAAACUUAUUUUAACAGCUGCCGGAGUUUUUUCAACAAUUGUUCUGCUACCAGAGAACAAAUAGAGGAGAGAUUGGCUGGGUUGGCUGAAGUGCUGAAUGAUUAUCAUAAGGAAGGCUUUCACCAUAAAUAUAAAGAUAUUGUGGCGGAAUAUUUUGGAUAUUUCAAGGACAUGUAUCUCAGUUAUAAGAUUGAAAUGCCAGAAGUCCUGCAGUAUCCAGAUACAAACGAUCGCAUCCCACUGAAGGCACAGAUCUCUCCAAUUCAGGUGCGACGAGUUCGCGCUGCGGAACAUAUGCCUCCUGCUCCUUCAGUCUUUAUGCAUUUGCGUGGAACUUCCUCAACCGAACCAGCGGUUUCUCUACCCGAAGAAAGUAAAGGGACAGAAAAUACCACAGAAAGAUUAGUGAUAACGACUGCAGUGAUACCGUUCCGACCACCAAAACGGCGUCAUUAUUGUGCGCCUUUCAUUGAUCCUAAUCAAAUUGCGUCUCUGAAAGCAAAUAAAAGAAAUGCUUAUAAGGACGGCACAACCACAGUUGAUCCCGUGUCGUCGCAGGAUAAGCUGAAACAACCAGAUUUCAAAAAAAGAAAAGUGGAGCCGCAAGGUGAAGAAGCCUGCGCUCGUAAUGCGCUACCGACCGCAUUACAGCCAGUACCAUUGGGGAAGCCUUCUUUUGGGCGACCUUCGAGGGGACAUCGCAACGGACGCUCGGUCAAGGACUUCGGAUCCCAUCCUCAGGUCUCGACCACCAGUCAGAUUAGAGCUCCGCUUCCGGCAUCGGUUCCGCAUCCCAUCGUAGUAGCCACCAACGGACAGUCGGGCGUUGAGCUAGGAAAAUUGGUAGUGAACAUCAUCGCCUUUAAACCAGCACAACUGCGAAUCCGUUCACUCAACGAUGUGCAGUACUUAAUCAAUUACGCCGAUCAUCCGCAGGAGUUCGUGCCGCAUACUGUAUGCAUCCACCAUAUCCCGGUGCACGUUGCGGAGUAUCUCGCUCAAACGCCGAUUAUGUGGCUCCAGCCGGAUUAGACGGUGUUUUCGCAUAGAAAUGCAGACGAUUAGCGUCCUCCUUGGGCCAAAACUGAAUCUUGGAAAAACUAUCUUCAGGUGGAUAAGAAGCCGAAUAAUUUUGAGUCGGUGCAAUAUAUCCCCAUACAUGUCCCGGGCUGCUUUCGAUUUGCUGCGAAUAAUAAGCCUGCGAUGGUCCAGGGCAGUAUACGGUUUUACCUUCUUCGGUGUUGACUGUUAAUUCCGAGUCAAAAUAAAGAGUGCUGUG